UAAAACGUAUUUAAUUUUCACAACUUCCAACCCCAACAACUUCCCCAAUAUUCUUAACUUUCUUCCUAUUCUUUCUUCCCUCUCAAACCCUAGAAACAGCAAAAUCACUUUUCUGAUGCUAAUGGGAUCAACCCCCCAACUCUAGAGCCAAGUCCAGCAAGAUUCAGCUCAUACCCACUUCAAUUAUGGCAUCAUUUUCCACUUCCCACCACUUCACAGCCUUAACCUUCCUCAUUUUGUUCCUCAAAACCCAAGCUUUUGACCCAAUUUCAUCCUUUUCCUUCACAGAUUUUGAAAAAGAUCCAAUAUUUAAGUCAAGUGUGGCACUUUAUGGCAAUGCAAAGGUUGUCAAUGGCGGUUCUGAAGUCCUUCUUUCUGGGUAUGGGAAUUCAGGCAGUGGGAAAGUCAUGUACAAGAAACCCAUCAAGAUUGUUGAAGGUAAAGCAAGUGGAUUAGUCUCAUUUUCAACCUACUUUGCAUUUUCGAUGUCCAUGGAUGAUGGGGAUGGCUUGGCUUUUGUUUUGGUUCCAAGUGGUGUUGAAGGUGAGGUUUUUGAUAAUAGUUCAUCUGCGCUUUCUUUUGGAUUGAAGGAUAGGAAAUUUAAGGUUAUUGGUGUUCAGUUUAGUGCUUCAAGGGAUGGUAGAAAUGGGGGUUCAGCUAGUUGUAAUGUGGCCAUUAAUGUUGGUAGUUCUGUUCCUGCUAAAAUAAUCAAUACCUCCUCUGCCAAUUUGGGUCUAAGAAGUGGGGGAAAACUGCAUGCUUGGAUUGAUUAUGAAGCGAGUUCAAGGCGCUUAGAAGUGAGGUUGAGUCAAUAUGGUCAUUCAAGGCCAUCUGAUCCAUUGCUCUGGCACUCAAUUGACUUCUCAAAUGUGUGGGAAGCCAAAGAGAUGUUUGCAGGCUUUAGUCCAGUGAAGGGGAAUACUUCUCAAUCAUGUUUUCUCUAUUCAUGGAGCUUUAUUGUAAGGCAUUUUCCACAUUGGAUGCAUUCUGAGCCUUUGGAUCCGAAGGUCCUUGUUAAGAACACUGAAACUCCAGUAGUGAAACCAAGGAGUGAUUGCUUUUUAAGAAUUCUUGCUGCAAUGAUAUUUGGUGCUGGAUGUGGAGCAUUGGCAGCAUUCAUUGUGCUUUAUUUGUGGACCAUCUUUGGUAAUAGGCGUCCCGUGAUGCCGGAGGAGUACGUUAUGCAGCCUGUAGAUUUCGAGUACAAGAAAGUCAACAUUGUUGUAGAUAAAACCAUUAAAGAUGCUAAGGAGUAGAUCUACAGGAGGGAACUAGUUGGACGCUUGUGUUGUAAAUCAGUGUUGUAUUCAGGUUUUGCUUUGUUGUAGUUUGGCAAAGAACUAUUUAAUUUACUUUUUUCCUAUGUCAAUGUCUAUUUUGAGCGAAUUGAGAUUGAGAUCCAAACUCUGUAUUGAAGAUUGAAUAGCUUACUUUUUAUUUUGAAACACAAACAAAUUUAAGUUAUUGAUAUAUUAUAUGAUGUUGUUUACACAGUUUUUAUUUUAGGAUGAUGGCAAUUAAACACAAUCAGUCUGUAUAUUGAAUAUUGAGUGGCUUAUAGUAACAAUGUAGAUUGGUCUCAAUUGUUUGACACUUGUGUCACUGUCUACUGUAAGGAACUCAAAUGUAAGAAAGGAUAAUAUUAUACAUAAAGAUAAAGUUAGAAUUAUAGAUGUGGAUAGUUAUUAUCUCAGGCUAAUGAAGUUAGAAUUAUUCUGUAUUUCCUUUUAAUUAUUAUUUCCCAUUUUUCUAACAUUAGAUUAACUUUAAAAAAAUAAAAAUAACUGUCUCGAGCAUUGGUUUCCAUAAAAGGAGCAGCCAUGGAAGGAGCAUCAGUGUUAUGCAUAUCGUGGUCUUAAGUCUUAAAUGAUACUUUGUCCGUGAAAUUGCAACAUAUUUGGAUUUGGAUCAAGUCUUCAUUUCAUUUUAGGUUUCUCAAAUACACCAACAUUUCUAUCCUCUUUCAUUAUUGAUCUUGUCCUUCAUUCUUCCAGUAAAACUAAUAUUUAGC